AUGCCUGCCUUCAUCUCCCAAACAUCCUCGCAGGUGUCACUCACCGACAUCAAGCUUGAGUGCGAGUCAGGCUAUGUUUCUGGACAAAACUCAGAAUACUCGUCACCAUCGUCAUCAACCACUCUCCCUCAGGUCUCUCUCACCAAGGCCCACAUCAACCACCUCAACAACAUGCUCGAGGAUAUGCACCCCAUGGACAUCCUCCGAUUCUGCAAGGUCAUGUUCCCUAACCUGUACCAAUCGACUGCCUUCGGCCUGACCGGUCUCGCAACCAUGGACAUGCUCUCCAAGAUCCAGAGGGAGCACCCCAACUCUCCCACUGUCGACCUCAUCUUCCUGGAUACCUUGUACCACUUCAAGGAGACAUACGACCUUGUCGAUCGAGUUAAGGAGCGAUACCCCAAUGUCCCUGUCCACAUCUUCAAGCCCGAUGGCGUCAACACUACCGAAGAGUUCGAGGACAUGUACGGAAAGGAGAUGUGGAACACCGCCAGUGAGAUGUAUGACUGGAUUGCCAAGGUUGAGCCUCUUCAGCGAGCUUAUGAUGAGCUCAAGGUUGCUGCCGUCCUCAACGGUCGUCGACGAUCCCAGGGCGCAGCCCGUGGUUCCAUCCCCAUCAUCGAAGUUGACGAUGAGCGUGGCGUUGUCAAGAUCAACCCCCUGGCCACUUGGUCUUUCAAGCAAGUCAACAACUACAUCAAGGAGAACAAUGUUCCCUACAACGCUCUCCUCGAUCAAGGCUACAAGUCCAUCGGUGACUGGCACUCCACCGCCCCCGUCAAGGAGGGUGAAGAUGAGCGAGCUGGCCGAUGGAAGGGCCAAGACAAGACUGAGUGUGGUAUUCACAACAAGAAGUCUCGAUACGCCGAGUUCGUUGCCAUGAUGGAGCGCAAGCAGCAAGAGGAGAAGCUUGCUGCUGCUCUCGAGAAAGUGGCUCUGCCCACCGACUUCGCUUCUUCUCCGCCCGCCUUUAUUGAAAGAAAGAAGAAUAUUCUCGAACAGCUUGCGAUUCCAGAUACAGAAUACACAGAUGCUUCGCCGAAAGGCUCUGUAGAUGAGGGGAUCAGGGAUCUUAUUGAUGAAAUCAACCAACAAUCCGGAUUUGUCACUACCAGCAGCUGCGCAGGCCGUGUCAGUGUUUUCCUUGAAGGGAGAAGAGUUGCCGAGACUGAAGGAGAAGAUGAACGGGUAGCAGGUGUUGGUGGAAAAGGCGCUGGGGGAGCGUGGUUGUUCGUUUCCCAUGAUCCAGUACCUGACAAGGGUGAUGGACGUACAGACUGGAGCAGUUUAUUUGGACUCCAGGAAUCUACAGAGGCACAGGAGAGAACUGGAGAAGUGAAAGAGAGAAGACUUAUUCACUUCAAGUUCGAGGCAAUGAUCCUCCACGUCCUCACAGCAUCACCUGAGCAUGCUCAACUACUUCUGCGAUGUGGCCUACAAGCAGGGUUUCGCGAGUCGGGUGCCCUCAACAUCAUCCCCAAUGCCAAGGAUGCCGCAACUCCCAUGGUGGCUAUACGGACAAUGGGACUUGCCUUUGAGUCUCUCAUCGGGCAGCAAGUUGACGGUCAUCGACAACGCAUAGUCUCACCCGAGUAUCUCCAGACACUUGUCCAGAUUGCCAACGAGCGCUUUGUCGAGAAUAAGAAGCGCAUCGAACGCUUCCAGAAUGCCUUCAGACAUGCCGUCUCUGCUCCAGCACCGCGGAAAGGAAGCGUGCUGAGGGCCUGCGAAAGAAAGCCGAGCUGA